UAUAGAUAGAUUAUGCCUCUUGAAGAGUACAUUCCUUUCUGUAUAUUAGUUGUGAGGAGAGACAAACACAACCCUUAUGUAUGCCUUUUACUCCAGGCACCAUGCUCUUGCCUUCCUUCCUAAUAUGGCACACUCACUGGGCGUAAAUGCAACUGCCCCUUUUGGCACUUUGUUUUCUCUCACUCUUCUAGUGUCUCUUCUUUUCCCUCUUUUCACCCUCAUCCUUUCUUCUCCUAUUUUAUCCUCACACUCUUCUUUCUCAUCUUCACUCUCACUCUCACUCUUGUCCUCUUUUCCUCUCAUCCUUUUCUUUAUCACAUCCCUUUUACUUGUCAUCCCUGGCCCAUUCCUGUCAUCUUAAACCCUUAUUCCCAUUGUUCCUACUCCUUGUUUACCCUCCAGUAUGAAUCUUCAAACUGGAAAAGAGACAAACGAAGGGAAUAUGUUACAACCAAACAGCAACCCUGGCUUCAUACCAGUGUGUGAGCCUGCAACCGAGUUUCUACCUGCUUCUGCUCAGAUUACUCAGGUAGAACCCAAGUUUGCUGCUUCACUAUUUUCAGGGUUCGCUGGUCCUUUUACUCCUGUCUCAUUUUCAAACAUGACGCUGCCUCCUGGGACAGGUUUUAGCAGCUACUCCAGUGACCUAUGUCCGUGGGCUCCGAGGAUCAGUGUGUGGAAUACAACUAGUCAGAAUACAUCUACUAGCCAUGUUGACCAAAGAGCAUCAUCGAAGGCAGUGGAGCUUCAAGGACAGUGUGCUCGUUUAACAGCAGCGAUUUCAGUUGAGCAAAAGGUUGUUCCUAAAGCUCCUAAGUUCCUUGGAUACGACGAUGCCGAUUAUGGUCACGGUGCAGGGGCUCUUGAAGAGGGUGAGGUGAGAUCUGAGUGCGAUUCAUCUGCGGAUCAUCGCAAUGAGCGCGAUGGUAGACUCACUCCUGUGGAUGUCACUGAGUUCGCUAUCAAGAGUGGCCCACAGUUGAGUGAGAUCGAUACUCGCAGUCUGACCCCUGAGCAAGUGCUGUUCUAUUUUGGCGUGCUGAGUCUACAACAGACGCAGCUUGAGCCAGUUUUUGAGUAUACUCAGGAGGCAAAUGGUGGGCAUUGGUCAGCGAAACUCACAAUGUACCGAGACUCGCUCAAGAUUCCAGCACUGAAGUCGUUGGCGGCUGCCAAGGUGGAGAUCUGUCGAGUAGCUUUGUCGAUUUUGAAAGCUCGCUAUGCAAACUGGAAUGUCCCCGAUGAGCCCAGUGGAAAUCUGACGGCGUUCAGCUGGCGCUGGGGUGGUUUGCUCAACGCAUAUGCAAAAGAGAUGAAGCUGCCUUGCCCCGAGCAUACGAAAUAUAUUCACCAGAAGGGGUACCGUUAUCAGGUCGAUGUAGGGACUGUGACAAGUUUUGGAAAUCGCAAGUUCUAUGGAACUGAGGAUCAAGCUAUCGAAGCAGCGUCUCAUGAGGUUCUGUAUCUGCUCCUUAUUCGAGAGCUCAAGGAACUUCAUGAGGCGACGAUUGCGGCAUUGAAACCUGAAGACAAACGCGUGUCGGCAUUGCCUCCUCAACCAGACAUGCCAAUUACAGCCAGCAACAAGGUUCUUAAGCCGGUGCACACAGCGACCCAAACUAACAGAAUCCCCAAACCUGCUCGUCUAGUCCGGAAGCGCAUCAACGGAAAUGUCCUUGCUGACACCGCGUCUAAUCUGCUUCCAGUCGUGAAUCCACGCAUUAACACUGAUAGAGCACAUGAUGAGCCUAAGCGGACCAUGAAGUGGAAAACAACUCCGGACCGACUGACGAAAGCAAUCGCACAUUUGAAGACGGAGCGUGAGAAAUACGAGAGAGUAUGCAACAUGCUCGGAUUGAGUUCCAGACUCGAGAUCAAGGAAAACUUCAAGAGAGAAUCUGUGCCUCCCAGCUACACAGUUUGGGCAACUUUCCGGAGUGACCCUUUUCUCACUCGGGCCGGCCAGGUUGGCAUUGUCAAUGGACACCGUGGCACUGAGAGAGAGGCAGUUGAAAUGUGCUGCAGGAAUGUUGUGGACUACUUGAUAGAUUUGGUCCAGGACGAUUUCGAUCUCGAAAGAGAGGAGCAGGAGCAGCGGUGGAAGCUCGAAAAUUUUGGGGAGAUCAGGAAAAAGGAACUAGGUCUCGUGGGUGUUGACUUAACCAGAUGA